CCAAACCCUAACGAAACUCGUGUUCCUGAGCUCACCAACUGCUCGGACCAAUCCGUUCCUCGACGCUACUGCUGCAAAAUUAGGGUUUGCGCUUUCAAUCAGAGGGCAACAAGAACAUCUUCGUGUCUCUCCGAUGGCUUGGAUCGUCGUUUUUUGAAAAAUGGGGGUGAAGAAUCUUUGGGAUAUUCUGGAAUCUUGCAAGAAACGGCUUCCUCUUCACCAUCUCCGGAACAAGCGAGUGUGUGUGGAUCUGUCGUGUUGGAUAGUUCAACUCUGCAAUGCGAAUAAAUCUCAUUGUGUGGUUAAAGAAAAGCUCUAUCUGAAGAGUCUGUUCCAUCGCCUUAGAGCUCUAAUCGCUUUGAAUUGCAGCCUCAUCUUCGUUACUGAUGGGUCGAUACCUGCUAUAAAAGUGUCUACUUAUAGGCGCCGACUAAAUGCUGGUAGUGAGCCUCAUCGCGAUGCUGGAAAUCAACAAAAUGUAUCAUCGGUCAAAAGAAAUAUGGGAUCUGAAUUUUCCUGCAUGAUAAAAGAUGCCAAGCUUCUCGGCGGUGCCCUUGGUAUUCCGUGCUUAGAUGGGAUCGAAGAGGCUGAAGCUCAAUGUGCAUUCUUAAACUCAGAAUCAUUGUGUGACGGAUGUUUCACUUUAGAUUCUGAUGUGUUCUUAUUUGGCGCAAGAACAGUUUAUCGGGAUAUAUGUCUGGCGGAUGGCGGAUAUGUUGUAUGUUAUGAAAUGGACGAUAUCGAGGCGAAGCUUGGGUUUGGCAGGAAUUCAUUGAUUACUCUUGCUGUGCUUCUAGGCAGUGAUUAUUCGCAAGGCGUCCGCGGAUUUGGCCCGGAGUCGGCUUGUCAGAUCGUGAAAGCCAUUGGCGACUCAUCUGUUCUUCAACGGUUUGUCUCCGAGGGCUUGUCAAUUACAAAGAAGCAAAAAGGCUCAAAAAGGAGUCAUAAUUCAACACAUGAUAAUAAAGAAAACGACGCUGAUCACCGUAGAAAAGUUAAAGGACGUGAACAUGAUUUGCCAACAGAUAAUCCGUUUUUGCAAGUGAUCGAUGCAUACCUGAGGCCUAAAUGCCAUUCAGCAGACUCAGUCGCCGUGCACAGGGUUCUUGCUCUCUAUCCAUUUGAUCGCUCCGAGCUCCAUCAGAUUUGCGCAAAGUUUUUCGAGUGGCCUCCCGAAAAGACAGAUGAGUACAUUCUUCCAAAGAUCGCUGAAAGAAACUUAAGGCGAUUCGCUAACCUUCGUUCCUCAUCAUCUGCAUUACAGCUUAAUCUUCCCAUUGAAGAGAUGCCGGUCAAAUGCCCUGUUUCUAGCAUCGUCAAGCAACGGAAAAUCCAGGGUCGGGACUACUUCGAGGUUUCUUGGGAAGCCAUGGAUGGCCUCGAAUCAUCCGUGGUUCCAGCCGAUCUUAUAGAAAGUGCUUGUCCCGAAAAGAUUGUCGAAUUCUUUGAAAGAAAGGCUCGGAAACAGAAACCCGCGCGCAAACCACGAGCGAAAACGAAAGAGGUCGAGAUGAAGGAACUCGAUAAAAAGCUUCAAGAACUGCUUCUCGACAUUGAUCAAGCUCGGACGACGGCGACUAAUGCUAUUAGUUUCGGAGUAUUAUCUUCAACGAAGAUCCUGUCGCCUGUCGCCGGAAUCGACCGGGCCCUUCAAAGCCGACACAUUCAUAAUUUCUCCGGUGGCCAGGAUGGCGAAGACGGCAUCUGUAAGGAAGCUUCUUCUUCGGAAACAGAGGUCAUCGAUCUCAUCAGUCCGCCGCCGGAAUGUCGGCGGCAUCGGGCGAGGUCCGUCGACGUGAUCGAUUUGACCGAUUCCGACGUCGGCGCGUCGCCGGAGCACGCCAGAAAAGCGAGGGAGCUGAGGCUGUUCGUAGCCAGUAUUAGAGAUGAAAUCAAUGCACACUCAGGCAGUUGAAGCAGAUCCAUGCCCUACUCAUCACUGCAUCUCUAAAUCAAGUCCACGAAAUUCGACUAAAGUUCCUCCG